GGUAGACAUAGUCACGUGAUUUGGGCACGGCAGACAUAUUGGUGGUAAAAAUCUGGUUUCUAUGCACAAUCAACAAACGCUUUUAGGCACUUACCAUGGAUGAGUCGAGCAAAGAAAGAUAUUUAAAGAAAAUUUCAGAAAUCAAUAAUAUUGAUCCUUACACUUUGAAAGCAAGCCAGUGUAUUAAAGAUAACGAUUUGCUGCCCUCCUUGUGUUAUCCAGAUCUUUUCACUUAUCUUGUUCUACAACAAAGUGCUUACACAAAGGAUGAAUUCAAGGCUUACAAGAGUUUAGCAGCUUACAACCAGUUCCUAGAUGGCUGGGUUCAAGAGGUUAUGGCUUUUAAACCACACAACUGCCUAAAUACUGUAGUACUAGCAAAGGUUCUUCACUCUCAGCGGCUAGCAGAAAGGGUAUUGCAGCCCUGGAUAGUAAUAAAUCAAGAGGGUAUUAUUGUAUCAGCCCACUGCUCCUGUAUAGCUGGACUUGGCGAGUCCUGCACUCAUGUGGCAGCAACUUUAUUUAUGCUGGAAGCCAACACCAGACUCAAAGAGAGUAAGACAGUUACAGGCGUGUCAUCUUACUGGAUGAUUCCAUCGGGGCUUAAAAAAGUUUUGCCGACUAAGAUUUCUGAGAUUGACUUCACCUCAUCGAAAACAAAAAAAGUUAAGUUUGAUACUCUUGUGGACAACACCACUUCUAAAAAUACAAAUUCAAAGGCUAUUAAAUCCAAAGAAACUAUAAAGCUUACUAGCCAUUCUUUUAAUACAUUUAUUGAAAGUUUACAUAAUGACAGUUGCAAUUCUGCAACCUUAUCUGUUUUACCCCAUUAUCAAGAGUCUUUUCUCAAUAAAGUUAAAUAUCCUGUUCAAAUUAUUUCUUUUAGAAAUGAGAAUUACUGUAAUGUGACAUUUAACCAAUUAAUGGACUAUUGUCAAACAAUUGACAUAAAUUUUUCGGAUGAAGAAGCAAAAAGAGUAGAAAAAGCAACAAGAGGUCAGUCAGAUUCCAAACUUUGGUUUUCCAUGCGCGAAGGUCGAAUCACUGCUUCAAAAGUCUAUGAUGUUUGUCAUACCAGCAUUAAAAAACCUUCUAUUACAUGUCUAAAUUCAAUUAUUUCCUAUCAAGGGUGUAAAGCUACAAAAGCUAUGCAGUAUGGCACAGAAAAUGAAAAAAAUGCAAAAUUAGAGUAUAUUGCUAAUAUGCAAAAUCAUAUCAACUUUAAAUUGAAACAAUGUGGACUUUUUAUUCACAGUAGCUAUCCAUUUCUUGGUGCAUCCCCAGAUGCUAUUGUAAAAUGUAGUUGUUGUGGAAAAGGUUGUGUUGAAAUAAAGUGCCCCUUAAGUUUAAGUACGGGUUGUAAACAAAUUUCUGAUUUGUUAGGAGAAGCUAAUUUUUGUUUAGAUACUGUAAAUGAAACCAUACAAUUAAAACGUCAUCAUAGAUAUUAUUAUCAAGUACAAACACAGAUUUUCAUUUCAUGUAGUGAAUUUUGUGACUUUGUGGUGUGGUCUCCUUUUGAAUUUUUUAAGGAAAGAAUAAUCCCAGAUCAUGAACUAUGGUGCAAAAUACUCGGAACGAGUAAAAACUUUUUCAUGAAUUGUGUUUUACCAGAAGUUGUAGGUCUUUAUUUUACUAGAAACAAAGAAAUAGAGCCACCCACCAAAACUAAACAUGAUGAUAACAUUUUACUUGAUAGGUCUAACACACUCGCUAGUGCCACACCUAUUUGGUGUAUUUGUAAAGGGAAGGAUGAAGGCAAAAUGAUUAAGUGUGACAAUUCCCAAUGUUCUAUUAAGUGGUUCCAUUUUGAAUGCAUACAUUUAAAAAGAGCACCAAAGGGAAAGUGGUUUUGUUCUGAAUGUAAAACACUACCUGAUUGUGUAAUAAAAAGGAAAAAAGCUAAGUCCAUAGUAAAUUUAAAUGAUAAAUAAGAACAGAUAAUAGCUUUUAAAUAAACAGCUUAAAAUAUUUUUUUAAAUGUUUAUUUCAAUUGUAUCACAUUUGCCUGUUUGUGACAUAUCAUUAUCUGUUAUCCUAACUCUAAUUUGUAACUUCAAAAUACUGGUACAUAUUUUUUUUUUGUCACAUAGCUCAUGUGCUUAUGCAUGUAACAUGUUUAUUUCAUGUGUUAAUUUGAUAACUGUUUUGUAUAAAAAAUGUAUUUACUCAUUUUUUUGAAAUUUAUAAUUUUCCUUAAAAAUAUUUAUGCUUCAUUUAUUUUUUGGAGGUAUUUACCAAUGCAUAAUCAUCAGAUUAGCAAUUUUUAUUUGUACUGAGUCUAUUAAAGUGUAUUAUAGUAUAAUUUGUUUUAAUUUGUUUUGAAUACUUUAAGUGGAAGUUAGUGUUAUGACAUUUACAGUAAGCAACUAAACGUCAAUGAAACUUGACAACACAGGUUUAAUUAAAUAAAUCACAAAGCAAGGCGGAUAUCAACAACCAUCAAAACAUUCUACUUUCUCUCCUUCUUGCAUUCAUUUCAGUCUCUAAAUAGAGCCACUAUAGAAUAUGGUUAUUACAAUAGCAUAAUGUAAAUUUAAACAAAAAUAAUUUAAAAAGUAAGGUAUUUCAAACAUAAAUAUAUACAUAAAUACAUAUCAGGUAAAAAAAAAACAUAAAA